AUGUCUUCAUCAGCACCUAUCAAAGUUGGAUUCGUGGGUCUCUCUGCUGCGGGCUGGGCAGCACAGAUUCUCGGACCUUCCCUCACCGAUCCCUCACUCCAUUCGAAGUACGACCUCGUAGCGGUCUCUACUAGCUCUACCGCCUCUGCUGAAGCCUCUGCUCAAAAGUACGCGGAGAAGGUUGGCCAUCCUGUCAAGGCGUACCACGGCGACACCUCUCAGAUUGCCAACGACCCCGACGUCAAUUUCGUUGCUGUCUCGGUCAAGGCGCCAUCCCACAAGGAGCUGGUUUUACCCGCCAUCGAGGCAGGGAAGGACUUCUUCCUUGAGUGGCCAGCCGGCACGUCGCUGAAGGAAACUGAGGAGAUCGCAGAGGCGGCGAAGCAAAAGGGUGUCAAAUCACUGAUCGGGUUGCAAGGUCGACACUCGCGUGCGGUCCUCAAGGUUAGGGAGUUGAUUGCUGCUGGGGCUAUAGGUACUGUCCGUUCAACUCACAUCGUCUCCCACGUUGGGAGAGAAAUCUCCAUCUGGCCACCUCUCGUGUUCGAAAAAUUGACCUAUCUGUCGAAGAAGGAGAAUGGUGCCAACAAGCUCACCAUCCCAUUGGGACACCAGCUCGACACGCUUACCCACCUCCUAGGCGACUUCAGUUCCGUCUCUGCUCUUAUCGAAACGCUUUUCCCCACCGGCACCUACAUCGACGAGACUGGAAAGCCUACCGGAAAGACUUUCCCCUCUGAGACGCCCGACCACUUCUCCAUUUCCGGCGUCCUUUCCUCCGGCAUCGUCGCGAAUGUCUUCCUUCGCUCGGGGUACGCUAGUGGGCCAGGUCGCCGCCAAUUCCUGUGGGAGAUAGACGGAGAGGAGGGCUCCAUCAGGCUGGAGUCUGACCACCAGCAGGCAUCGACCCCUGGAAUCAUCGAGCCGAAGCUGUUCUUGAAUGGGAAUCCGGUUGAGGUUGAAGGCGCUGAGAAAGCUGGCGCGCUCGACUCGGCGACGACUGCAUGGAGGGAAUUCGCAGAUGGACAUGGCCACUAUGCGACGAUCGAGGAUGCGUUGAAGCAUAAGAGGCUCUUGGACGCCAUCGAGACCAGUGCGAGGGAAAGCAGGAGGGUUUUCUUGUGA